AUCAAACAAGUAAAAGUUAAAUCUAUAAAACCGCCCACUCACUCAUCCUUCUCCCACACUCACAAACACAACCUCUCAAACCUCAGUUUCUUUCACAAAUCAUCACAAUGGAGGAACUCUACAACAAACCCAUUAAAGCUCAGGUAGUGAAAAUGGCGAUUUUGGUGCUUAUUCUGGCGGCGGCGAUGAUGGGGGAAGUUGAGGGGAGGAAGGGGAGAAAGCACAGAAAGGGGAGGAUUGUGGAGGGCAAGAUGAUUGAAUAUGGGGCUAUAAGUUGCAGAGCCCACAGUGCUUCCAUAACGGACUUCGGCGGCGUUGGCGACGGAGAGACGUCGAAUACGAAGGCGUUUCAGGCGGCUGUGGAGCGGCUCAGCCAAUACGCCGGCGAUGGUGGCGCUCAGCUGUAUGUGCCGGCGGGGAGGUGGCUUACCGGCAGCUUCAACCUCACCAGUCAUUUUACUCUGUUUCUGCAUCAGGAUGCUGUCCUGCUUGCUUCUCAGGAUCUGAAUGAAUGGUCUGUGGUUGAACCGCUGCCAUCCUACGGUCAUGGAAGGGACACAUCGGGGGGACGGUACAUCAGUUUAAUCUUUGGAACAAACCUCACUGAUGUUGUCAUCACAGGAAACAAUGGUACGAUUGACGGUCAGGGUGAUCGCUGGUGGCAGCUGUUUCAUCAGGGAAAGCUUAAGUACACCCGACCGUACUUGAUCGAGAUCAUGUAUUCCAGCAAUAUACAGAUAUCGAAUCUGACCCUGCUGAAUUCUCCAUCUUGGAAUGUUCAUCCUGUUUACAGCAGCAACCUUGUUAUUCAAGGCAUCACCAUUAUCGCUCCAGUUCGAUCUCCGAAUACAGACGGUAUCAACCCAGAUUCCUGCACAAACGUUAGAAUUGAAGAUUGUUACAUAGUAUCUGGAGAUGAUUGUGUAGCUGUUAAGAGUGGCUGGGAUGAGUAUGGCAUAAGAUUUGGAUGGCCGACUAAGCAACUGGUCAUCAGACGCCUCACAUGCAUUUCGCCUACAAGUGCUGUAAUUGCACUGGGAAGUGAGAUGUCGGGUGGGAUCCAAGAUGUCCGAGCCGAAGACAUCACAGCCAUCAAUUCCGAAUCCGGGGUCAGGAUCAAAACUGGCAUAGGAAGGGGAGGAUAUGUAAAAGACAUAUAUGUAAGGAGGAUGACAAUGCAUACCAUGAAAUGGGCAUUUUGGAUGACAGGCAAUUACGGGUCACAUGCUGAUAAGAAAUACGACCCCCACGCAUUGCCUGUAAUUCAAGGAAUCAACUACAGGGAUAUAGUCGUUGAAAACGCAACAAUGGCAGCGAGAUUGGAGGGAAUUUCGGGUGACUCAUUUACAGAUAUCUGCAUUUCCAAUGUGACAAUCAGCAUGGCACCAAAGGCCAAGAAACAGCCAUGGACUUGCACUGAUGUUGAGGGAAUAACCAGCCAGGUUACUCCUCCACCGUGCAGUCUGUUACCCGAUCAGGGUGAAGAAAAGAUUACAACAUGCAAAUUUCCAGAGGACACUAUACCAAUUGAAGCAGUCGAGUUGAGAAAAUGCUCAUAUCAAAUCAGUCAUGUAUGAAGCUUUCUUGCUGUGUACCAGCAAAAGCAAUAUCGAGUCAAUAUAUCGUUACCGAUGGCAUAAAAAUCUAUCUAAAAAUGUUCUGUAAGACCUGUAUUCUACCUUUCCAGCACAGUUCUGAUUAAUAUAGGCUGGACUCACCCAUA